ACUCGUUGGGUUCGAUUUUACGAGCGUGAUAGUUCAUUUAAAUCAGCCCAUCGGCAUGGACUAGACACCGUUUACGGCGGUGUAAACGUAACCAUUUACACUUGUUGACAGUGAAUUUCAGGAAUAGUUUAAUGCUGUGUACUUCCACCGUACCAUGAGUACAGCGGUGCUUUGUUAUGUUGGUCGUGUGGGAGGUUUUAUUUGGUGUGGCCGACAGGAAAGCUUGUGGUGAUAAUUUGACGGAGAAAAACACACUAACAAACAGUGAAAAGAGCUUCUACACUGCCCAGCAAGCAUAUAAUAAGCGGUCAGGAGAAAACACCGGGAUUUUAGGAAGCGUUGAGGUUUGAUCGUAGAGAAGUAUCUUCAGAAGCAAACCCGAGAUGAGGACGUUUAUAGAAUUUUACACACUUUUCGUACUCGCCUUCACAUUAUCACAAGCUGUCGAGAGACGCAGUGUCUUCUACGUCAAACACAACUCCACCGAAAAGACGCAAAAAUCGGUUUCAUCCAGCGAUGAAAAACCCACCCUCUGGCUGAAGGAUCACGAUGCACCCCGGAUACGACCGCACUUCAGCCUAACCAAAACGUCCAAUUUCUUGUUCGACCUUAACCGAUACCGUUGCAGCGAGCCGCUAACUGCAGACUGCAUCAAUCGAACGGUUUUGUUCCGAGCGAAAAUCAUUGGCGAGCUACGGAAACGGCUGAAGGAACCUUUCACCGAUGGGGAUCACUAUCAGGUUCGGUAUGGCCGUCCGAUUGAACCGGUGCCAAGUCCGGUCUGUCGGAUGGUAAGGGCGAAUGUGCGUGUACUGUCCUGGAAGGAACCACCCUUUACGUGGAAUGAAAUUGGCAGCUACCUGCCAACGACUCCCGUCUUUGGUAACAUCACUAACGGGAGCUGUGUCAUCGUAGCCAGUGCCGGUUCGCUGAAACGAUCUCAGCUCGGUGCGUUUAUCGACGAGCACGACAUCGUGAUGCGGUUUAACCAUGCCCCCACGGAAGGGUUCGAAGCGGACGUUGGAUCGAAGACAACCAUCCGGGUGGUGAACUCGCAGGUCGUUACGAAGCCCGAAUAUCGGCUGCUGACGGCACCACUGUUCCGGAAUGUCACGAUCGCUGCCUGGGACCCGGGCAAAUUCGAUCAAUCUCUGUCCGAAUGGCUAGCUACUCCAGACUUUAAUCUGUUCGAAAACUUUAAAAAGUUUCGCAGUAAUCAUCCCCAAUCGAAUUUUCACAUCAUCGAUCCACGAAGCAUCUGGCGAGCAUGGACCGCUCUGCAAGAUUUAACGACGACACCCAUUCGAAAAAAUCCACCAACAUCAGGGUUUAUUGGACUGGGACUAUUGAUGCCCGUCUGCCGGUACAUAGACGUGGUGGAGUACAUCCCGAGUACUCGCAUGAACGGUUUGUGUCAUUACUACGAUGACGAACUAAACCUCGGCUGCACAUUCGGUGCCUGGCAUCCACUGGCGGCCGAGAAGCUUCUCGUCUACCAAAUGAACUCGGCCGACGAUUACAGCGUCUUCCAGCAGGGCACCGUCCGCAUCCGUACCGAUCAGCUUGACCGCUGCCAGUGACCGACGACUUCCGGCACCUGUCCGAUGCGCGUCGUCGAUGAGCCGAUGAGGAAUGUUGAGGCGCGUGAGGCAGCUAAAUGUCGUCGCCGGUUGCGAAACAAUUAACAACGCCACGAAUUAAUUAAGCAAUUCAAAUCGACAGCUGAGGUCAGGACGGCGCGUGCCCGUCUGCAGUUAGACCGCCGGGCAUUAGACAUUCCAUCCGGCGGGUGUAUCUGCCCGCCAUGCCCAUAGUUGCGGUUAAAGGAUGUGUGCCGUCAAGAUUAGAAAUAAAGAAGCCAUGAGAGCAAUGCGGCGAGAAGCCAACAAAUCAGU